CAAGGCCGAGUACGUGUUUGUGAUAGCGCAGCUGCUGUUCGGUUUGAUGCUGUUUGCGACGGUCCUCGGCCACGUGGCCAACAUCGUCACCUCGGUCAGUGCUGCCCGCAAGGAAUUUCAAGCCAAGCUGGACGGUGUCAAGACCUACAUGCGCAUGAGACGGGUCCCCAACCAUCUCCAGGUGAAAGUGAUCAAAUGGUUCGACUAUCUCUGGCUGACGCAAAAGUGCUCAGACGAGGAGAGAGCUGUAUCAUGUCUUCCUGAUAAAUUAAAGGCUGAAAUAGCUAUAAAUGUUCAUUUAGAUACACUUAAGCGAGUAGAAAUUUUUCAAAAUACCGAAGCGGGCUUUCUGUGCGAGUUGGUGUUAAAGCUAAGGCCGGUGCUGUUCUCCCCGGGCGACUUCAUCUGUCGGAAAGGUGAAGUCGGCAAAGAGAUGUACAUAGUGAAUCGAGGGCGGCUGCAGGUGGUCGCGGACAACGGCAAAACGGUGAUGGCAUCACUCAAGGCCGGCUCGUACUUUGGCGAGAUCAGUAUCCUCAACAUGGGUACGGCAGGUAAAGCGCUCGGCAACCGGAGGACGGCGAGUGUCCGUUCCGUCGGCUACAGUGACCUGUUUGUGCUGAGCAAGAAGGACAUGUGGGACGUGCUGAAGGAGUAUCCGGCGGCCCGGGUGCGGCUGGAGGCGAUCGCGGUCAAGCGGCUCGAGAAGUACAAGAAGGCCCCACUAGAGAAAGUCGCCAUGGGACGCUGCCAGUCGACGCCAGGACUUGUGGAGACCCGGGGCCGCACCACCAUCGAGGACAUGUGGAUCUCCCCGACGACGGCGAUAACGACCGCCAGCUCGAUGGUCCCGUCCACAUAUCCGUCGGUGCCGUUGCCGGGUUUGGGCAGCCGCAUGACCAGUCCACGAUCCCAUCGGGGUGAGCUUGCCGGCAGUCAGCAGCCCCAAUCGCCCGGUUCGGUGAGCCCCAGCGUACACAGUUCCGGCGAGGAACGGCCUAGAAGUCGAGCGACGUCCCACCAGACAUCGCGACCCCAGUCCCAGCCGAGUCGGACCGGCGGUGGUGGACCAGGCGGAGGAGCGGGAGGAGGCGCGGCAGGUGGUCGACGGAGUAUCUGCGCAUCGGUAAGCGGGUUCACUACCAACGAAAGUAACAACCUGCUCGGACCGCCGUGUGACUCGUUGACCCACAUCGAAUCGUCCGGGGCAACGCCACUGCUGGGAUCCCACGAGGCCCUCGAGGGCGAGAUCAAACGGCUGCGGGAACGUCUGCACACCGUCGAGUCGGAGAACUUCAGCCUGAACGCCAAGCUGGCCCAGCAACAGUGGGAGGUCGAGCAUCGGCUGGCGGAAAUCGAGAUGCAAAUCUGUGGCGCGUCGUCCGCGUCCAGCAUCAGUCAGGAGAACGAAACCGAGGACCUGGAACGGAACCGGGAGAGUAUCAUAUAACACGGAAGCGAGCUGCCUCAAAAAGUUGCCCUGGUGUAUGUGCGAUGCAUGACUUGAAAACAGCGCUGAAACAGCACACGUGGGAGGACGACACCGGAGACUACACAACACGGCCAUUUUCGGAUAUUGGUUUGGUUCUGGAUCUCACCUUUUUACUCAUUUAUUUCGAUUGGAGGAACCAUCUACCUAGCAAACAUCAAAUCAAAUACUACUUCCGCAUAUUUAGACAUACACACAGAGUAGGAAGGAGCGGGCGCGAUAACAACCUGCAGAAGACGCCUAAGUUUAGUCCAGAGUUUUUCUUGUUUCGACCUACGAAUGUGAACAAUCAAGGGGGUUCCAACAUAAUUCUGUACUUAUCUCAUUAUUUCAUUGAACUGCUACUUGUUAUUUGAAAUUAUUCAGAUAAAUUUGGAUGAGCUCAUGAGCAUCCAGAGGCUAAAUAUUAGAAAUUGUUGACAAGUAUCAGUUUGUGUAGAUUUCUGGAUUUUAGUCAAUUUUCCCCCAAAUUAUCUUCCAUUUAAAACAUUAUUCUUUCUUGAGUAUUCGGUGAGACUCAAGAGGGAAGAAAAAAGUAAUACAGCGGGGAUCAACAAAGAGAGACAUCUUUCAUUUAAUUGUAAUUAGGUAUAAAUAUCCAUUGAUAGUAUAAUUCAAAAAUGUAUGCAAUGGUUCAAUGAUAAUUCUUAUUAUGCCAACAAAUUCCAACUUCGAACUUUGGGAAAGAUUUUUUUGCGAAAAAAAUUCCGUCAAUGCCUCGAUAUUUUCACUUGCUUUCCAAUCAUUAGUGGAAAGCAACUGUACACCUGUAAA